GGGCAAGUGGGCAACACUAGGGUUCAUCGAGUUGUCAUCCCUUUUUUUGUUUGUAUAAAUGGCGUAUACUGGGGCAACUCUGUUUCAUCCCAUCUCUUAAUACGGAAUAGUUUAUACAACUAACCCCUCCUCUGCCUCUUCGAUUGCAUCAGCACCCCUCUCCGAUUUGGCCGUCGCCUCCCCAAUCGACAACGCCAACGCAAUUGUGACCUCCCUGAACAAAUUCUGGAUUGUCGCAAAGGACGGCCCACGAUGCGGUCUCCCGCGCCGCCGCCUCACGGGACGCUCCCACUUAGGUCAGUUCGCCCUUUAGGAUCUUGGCACGGAGAGCUUUGCGUAUGCGACCUCCAGUCUGGUAAUACCGCCCGCCGCUUCGUGGGACAGGGUGUGCUCUCCGACUCAUUCUCAGUCGACAACCACCAGAUUGUCCCGGCCUCCCGCGACCUGACAAUCAAGCUCUGGAAUGCUCUUGGUGAAUGCAAGUACACUAUCCAGCAGUCAGAAGCUCACUCUGAGUGGGUUUCAGGCGUGCGUUUCAGCCCCAACAAUUGGCAGCCCACCGUUGUCUCUGCCUCAUGGGAGCGUAGUGUGAAGAUCUGGAAUCUGAAAAACUGCGAGCUUCGUUCGGAUCUUCUCGGGCACACUGGGUAUGUGAACACAGUUAUGUUUCUCCUGACGGUUCUGUUUGCGCUAGCGGAUGCAAAAAUCGAUUGAUUCUGUUGUGGAUUUUGGCCGAGGGUAUGAGACUCUACAAUCUUGACCCGGGGUCAAUUACUCUCUCUAUCUGCUCCAUCCCAAGCCAUUACUGGCUUACUGCAGCUACUGCGUCUAGCAUCAAGAUUUGUUACCUCGAGCAAGAGUGUUGAUUCAAAGCAGGAGAGAGAAAUGGCACCAGAUGCAACAACUACUUCAAACAAUAAGGUCGUCUUUUGUACAAGUUUGAAGUGGAGUUUUGAUGGAAGGACACUUUUCAGUGUAUAUACUGAUGGAGUCAUCAGAUUGUGGAGUCAGUUUAGCAACAAAUUAUCUGAUUGUGAUUGUUCUGAAAAUCAAAUGGAUUAUACGAUGUUGCGAGGAGAUCCAUAAUUUCCAAGCUUUUCUUGUCAUUCAAGAAGUCCAAUUGUGAAUAUUUCCUGUUUUGUAGACAUCUAUUAGCCUUCCAUUGUGAUUUGUGUGAGGGGGUGUCCGAGGCUCAAUGGUGG